UGUAACGUUACGUUAAUUAAGGAUAUACCGAAUGUUCACACUUUAUAAAUCCAAAAACUUUAGCUUAGAGUUAGCGUUGGAGUUCAUUCUGGUGAACUACAAAUCCACCAGAGCAACGCGGUUCCCUCAGGACAAAUCAGACGCAGGCUUCUCAUCCGGGCAUUUUAGCUGUACACUCUCUCGGUAGCUCGAAACACUGACAGUUAGCUUUAUAAUAAAAACAAACAAAGAGAAUUUAUCUGUGCGAUUAAAGGGGCGACGUGGCUCGUUAGUAAAUAUUAGCCACAUGCUAACGCUAGUAGAGAGCUAGUGCGUGAAGUUUUAGCCAGUAGUUAUAUCAUCAAAAAAAGAAAAAAAUUAAAAUGCUACAAAAAAGGCAGCACAAAUUACAUUUAGAGUUUAUAUCCGGAAGAAGAUACAUUUCUGUCUGGAAAUACCUUCGAAGUAGAGUAAAUAUAUAUAUAUAUAUGUUUAUAAAUCAAACAAACGGUUCGUCGUGACGUCAGCCGAAUGUACAAGCUUGUGGAUCGGUAAAAACGUCUCCAUGGUAACAGCGGCGCCUCCGAUUGGUGGAGUGUCCUUGUGGAAUUCUGGGUAAUGUAGUGUAUCUUCAAGAAUUCGAAACUAAAACACGGUUCUUUAUAGAAAUGAAGUUGACGUCACAUUGACUCAUAGCCUCUUGUAGUGAAUAUAAUCAUGGUUUAACAAAACAGUCAAUUACAGAAAGUGUAGCAUUUAGUAAAGCGAAUAAAAAUCUUUUAUUUGUGCUCAUGAAUCGAAUGUGUGAUGUUACUUCCGGAAACAGCUGUAUUAGUCAGUGUAGACAGGAAGCGGAGGGGAUUUCUUCUGUGCGUGGGCUUCAGACUUAACGUGAAGGUGUUUAGGGUUGGUCUGAGAGGAGAAACGUCUUAAUUAUUUAGUUCAUGAUUAUAAGAAGCUUGUUAUUAUUCUGGUUCUGAUUAUUUCCUCAGUGAAUGAUUGACACAAGCAGGAAGAGGAAGUUCACUAACCUGCAGGAGUGAUCAUUAUUAUUUCUCUUAAUUGUUAUUUGGUGGUGUUGGGUUUUGAUGUCUGCUGUUGCUUCACACACAUGAGAGGAGAACACACACCAUGACCAACAUCGCUGGAGGUGAGAAUGCUAAAGCGGGACGUGAGGAUGUCCUGGAGCUGUACGGGGCUUUCUACAGCCGUGUGUGGGGCGAGGGCAGCGUGAAGGUGUGUGAGGACACACAGCUGAUGGAGCAGGCCAGGCAGGCUGUGUUAACCCAGUGUGAAGCGGCUCACACCUUCACACUCCUGCCAUUUUACCCCACUGUGAUCGACAUCAUCAACACCAGCAUCAACACCACCAACACCAGCUCCACCAGCGUGCUCCAGCGCCUGAGCAAAGCUUUCGAGGUGCUCGAGCUGCUCUGCGUCAACUUGUUCCUCUUUCCCUGGAAAAAAGAGAUUAAAACACUGAAGAAAUUCACUGGUCAUUAUGUUUACUACAUCAAAGCGGUUCUGCCGCUGCAGACGACUCGGAGCGUUCUCCACCACAUCGGCUACGACUCCGAAACCGACACAGAGUAUAAACUAUCCAACAACGUCGACCCAAACCGGGCUAAAGAAAUGGGCUUUGAGCUUUUCCUCGCCCGGAUCGAAUGUGAACAUCUGAUUCAGAUGACGAGCCAGACGCCUCAUGCUGAAUGUCUGGAGAUCAUCCAGAACCGAGGUUCGGCUGCGAUUCUUCAAGAUCAACCGGAGCUCUGUAACACUCCAAACGGGGUUCUGGAGGAGGACAGAGCACACAGAGACGACGACUGCCUGUUAAAUCCAGACCUAAGUCUGAAACCUUUACAUGUGGAAGUGAACGAGCGUCAAAACUCCAAGCGUGGAUCGUUCCUGAGUGAAGAUAAGUCCAUCCUGGAGAUGCAGAAGGAUUACCCAGACCUCGCCUUCCGACAGAGACCCAUCUUCAAACGCUCGUCUGCCAAGCUGAUGCGCUCCGAAGGAAGAGACGUGAAGUUUGGCAGAGAAACGAGCGACCCUCGGCCCAUCACCUUGCACGCUGAAGCUCCAGAACCUGCUCUAGAUCCUUGUUCCUCAGAAGAACAGGAGCUGCGUGUUGGAGCUGUGUCGCACACUCCAGGGUUAAAACAUGAUGAAGACGCAUCGGUGACGGACCUGGCUGAGAUGAUGGAGAUGAAGCUGAAGCUGAAGGAGUUCCCCAGCGAGGAGCCUCUGAAGUGUCCGGUGGAGGAGACGGCGCAGUGCGAGAAGAACAAGUCCAUCUGCAACAUCGCCGGCUGCGGCAGCAGCUCCACCUCGGACCGCCUCCAGCAACACCAUGGCAUCACGGAGCCUCCACAGUCCUUCUACAUCCCCAACUGUGUGAGCGGCUCUGCUCCGGCGCCCCCUGCAGAGCAAGAGGAGAACAUCCACCCGUCCAGCAGAGCAGGAACUGAACCUGUCCUACACCACGCUCUGGAGAUCUGAAGAACCUGUGUGAUCAUUAGCACAAAUUAGUUCACUUCCUUACAAUUCACAUCAGUUUGUGUUUGAUCAGAACACACACACACACACACACACAUAAUACUUAACACUGCGAUAAAGUCACUCAGGUCAAAAUUGGUGGUCUUUUUUUAAUUUAAAGCACACUUUCUGUCAGUAUAAAUAAUUUGGGGGCGGAGCUCAGAUGACCUCAGCUUGUUCAGUCACUCAAUAAACUCAACAACUUUAGACCAAUCACGUCCAAUAUGCAAAUUACCGUAAGAUGGCUGGAAACGUUUUGCUACAGAAUGGUUUGGCUGCUGAUAAAUAAAUCUAACUAGUUUACUCGCAACUAACUACCCGGCUAGUUCAUUCAGUUAACGUUAAGAUAUUAGGCUGUUAGUCAUGGCGAUAUGGAUGAUAUACGGGUGUGUUUAAUUUGCAUAUUCGUGCAUAUUCGUAGCUCCUGGUAAACGUGGGUAAACGUGUAGAGACGUUACAUGACCGGUUUUAUUAAUCUCUUUGAGACGAUUAAACAAAAACGAAACAAGCGAGUUUUAUAGCACCUUUGAUCCUGUUCAUACAUUUUUAUCGAAAUCGCGCGAACUCUUGGAGGUAUAAUUUAUAACGAUGGGAAGCUCUGUGUUUAUCUGUGAUUAGUGACGUGUUCUGGGAUAAAUCCUGAUCAGUACUGAUCCUGGAUGAUGUAUGAAGGUGUUUUGUUUUUUGGUUUGUUUUUAAGACAUUGUUUAUCUCAGGUGAAGCUCUAACAGGUCACAGAUUCAGGUGAUUCAUUAACAGCGUUUUCCUGUGAUUUCAUUUUUUAUUUAAGAUUGGUGACGGUUUAUCUCAGGCUUCCUGAGGUGAUGCAAUAAGGAACUCUUUUUCACAGUAAAAUGAAGUGACUCUGUGACCUGGUCACUCAGGGGUGUCCGAAACCUGGGGUGUGGAUUCUUGAUUCAAAAUGGUCUUGUGGACUGUAACUGAAUUGAAAGUGCGAAUCUCUGUUGUUCCACUAGAGGGCGAAAUUGAGCAACAAACUCACAGCGGUAAACUCUUGAUGUGAGUCUUCAUUAGCAAGCUCAUCAUUAACGCUGUAACCACACCUCUUUCACACAGCGGGGUUGAAUACUUAUGCAAUCACAACUUUUACAUUUUUUUAUUUGAAGUAUGUUGUCUGUCAUUUCAAUAUUAUGGAUUAUUUAGUGUAGACUAAUGACAGAAAAUUUGUUUAAUACAUUUACAUUUUUGUGUUUUUUUUGUUUGUUUGUUUUUGAAUUGUCAUGGUAGCCAUUUUAAAAGACAAAAGUCAAAAGUCCUAGAACUCCAUGGGUUUACUGUGAGGCUUGGUGUUGGUGUGGUAAAAACCUCGCCUCUGAACUCGAAGGUUGCCUGAGGCUCGGCCUGAGGUUCCCGAAGUAUGUGGGGUGUGAGGUAGAGCAGGUAGAGCAGGCUGUGGAUGAUGAUGAUGGUGCUGCAGAAGAAGUUGGGGUGAUUUUUUUGCAGACUUUCCUAAAUAUGCAAAACUAAGUCCACACUCUCUCUUCAAACUCCAUAACCACUUGUUCCUCCAGCUCUAUGGGGGCAGCUGCCCAGAAUUACCCCACGGUCACGCCCACCGGCCUUUCUGAACCUUACACCUUCUAUUCACAUAUCCUGGAGUCUUGGCUGGGAUUCGAAGCAGCAACCUCUCAACCCAGAGGCGCCGCUCAUCCACACGAGCCACAGGAUCUCAUACUAGCGCUCUGUGAUUUAUAGAAUUAUUCACUUCGGUGCAAUUAACCCCGACCUAAAGAUACAGCAAAAGGAUCUGGAUUGAAGCCAAAACGUCACACACCAGACACCACGACACUAACCGCUGCACCAACGCGGGACAGGAAGUGACGCUGCUUCCUGCCUAAUGGAAGCGGAGACGGUCACGGAUCAGCACUUCUCAUCACUUCCAUGUAGCUUCUCUCAGUGAGAGGAAGUGUUGUUAUGAGAGCACCACACACACACACACACACACACACACUCUCUCUCACUCACUCACUCACACUCUCUGUCUGACGGAGCGGUUGGAGCCUGUGUGCCUUCGGAGAACUGUUUAAAAUGGUUUUCUCAGUCUUUUUAACUUAUUGGUUUAAUAAGUUAAUAAUUGACUUAACAUCAUGAAAGAAUUGUUGGGUAUGUGGUAUACGCAGCUGCUCAGUCCUCAAUCUCAUCUUUCACUCUUUAUUUCUCUCUGUGGUCGAAUCCCACCCUCGGGGUUUUAUUCAGUUUUAUCAGAAGGGAACGGGGUUAGACGGCAGUGAGGUAAGAGAAUCAACAUCAGGAGGAACGCGUAUAAACACCGGGAGUCUUUAGAAACCUCUGCAAUUAUUAAGAGAUGAGAGCAAAAGCAACACUUUACAUUCGAGUGUCAUAAAACUCCUAAACCAUCCGAACCUUCGUGUCAGCAGGUCACGGGGUCGUUACCCUCACCCCCUGAAUCCACCGCUCCUGUAUCCUACACACUGUUUCCAAUCAGACCUGCAGCACUUACAUCCUCAAAGCCCAGCUUGAUCACACACACACACACACACACACACACACACAUGCUGCUAUUUAAACCCAGGAAACAAACAGCUGGAUAAAAUGUUCCAUGACAUCCCUGAUGGAUUAAUAAAUAACACGUGAUCCUUAUUACAGUCAUUUAUUUAUUUAUAUAUAUAUAUAUAUGGAUGUGGGUGUGGUCUGUAGGUGAUGUACAGAAUGUUCAGUGCGCUGCCUAAAAUGAGUUUGACACCCCCGUGUUUAAACAUGUGUACAGCUGUCGUGUGAGUGUGUGUAUGUGUGUGUGUGUGUGUGUGUGUGUGUGAGAAUGUCUCCGUGCCUUACUGAUGCUGAAUUAAAGUGUAAUUUGCACUUGUGUGUUGUUUAACAUGAGUUUCUGUACAAUGUACUCAUGUAAACGUGUUUAACGCGUAAUGUGCCAAUACUCAGUUACAAAACAUAACAAAAGUAAUAAUAUUGUGAUAAAAUAUCAAUAAUGAUUGCAGUCUGAUUAUCAGGACAUGUCUGAUUAUUUAGGUUAGUAAUUUUAUUAGUAAAUACGUAUCUAGAGUGUCUUUAUUGUUUGUUUACAAAUUCAUAAAGUACUGUAAUUGUAGAUCAGUUAAAAACAUCAUCAGCUGUUCCUCCAUUUCUCACUGUUUUAUUAAAAUUACAGUGUAAACAAAGUAAUAACACAAAACGUCUCCACGGCUCCUCCGGUCACAAGUGCCACCUUCCUAACAACAUUGUGGGAUUUUUUUUAUGCAUAAAACAAAUAAAAAUAAACUUUACAAAAGCUCUGG